AUGCAUUAUGCUGCUGGCAUAUCUGCUGGGCACCGAUUGCGUGCUGCCAAGUUGGGCCACCAGGACUGCAUAAGGUUCCUCAGUGGAGAUGGGAGGAGUUUAUUUAUACUGUUCUUUGUUCCAGGGAGUCGUUCCACUCUGGUGUCCAGCCCUACAUCCACCAGCAGGGGGCACUCUGAGGGUACAUCUGACCUUGUGGUAGACGCCUCAUACUACAACUUCUAUCAGCCCUCACGCUACCCAACUUACUACAGCAAUCUGUACAACUACCAGCAGUACCAGGUGCCUGCUGAGGGCCGCCUGUCUGGCCACAGUGCCCCCCCCCCGCAGUACCGCAUGCACUCCUAUUACUCUGCAGCCUCCUACCUGAGCCAGGGCCUAGGAACGCCUGCCUGUGUGCCCCCCAUCUUCACCCUGGAGGAGACGCCCGUGUUUCCACAUGGCAGCAUCAAUGACUCUGGCCCAGCUUACCUGUCCAUCAAUUCCCUGGUGACUUCUGAGGCAAAGCAGGAGUGCAACAGCAGUUCUGAGUCAGGAGCCUUCGCUGUGGACUCGGUCAUUCAGGGGACUGGUGAAUGAAGCGCUAAGGGAAGAAGAGAAGUGCUAGAGUCUAAUUAUUUCCUGAUCAAAAAUACUACUGUCAGUUCCUGAGUAUAGCACUUGCCUUAAGGGGUUUCUCAGUUUUUUUGUUACAUUGUUACAUUAUUGUUUCUAUUUACUUAAUCUGAUGAAACCUUUUUUAUGCUUGGGAAGGAACAGAAUAUGAGUAUUUUGAAUCAGCUGUAUAAAAGUUACAAAUUAUAGUUUUAAAUACCACUGUUGAUAAUGAUUCUUUCUAAAACAUUUUAUUUCAUUGACAUACUAACCAGGUCAAUUCAGGGAAUGCUUUUUUGUAACAUUUAUGUAAAUGUUGACUAAAAAAGAUUUUUUUCCAAUGCAUGAACAGCAGUCAAAAGAAUCAUCAGCGGUCAAUGCCAAUUGAAAUGUAUUCAGACUUUCAAUGCUAUUGUCACAAGCAAUGUUUUGUUUUGUAUGUGACACACUGCAUACCCUGCUGAGGUUUGUUUAUAUCUGCAUCACUCAAACUGAAUUUUAUUAACAAAGGCAUUUUCAGGUUUUUUUGUGUUGAAGUUCAUGUUCAUGCACUUACUGUUUUCCUCUUAUGGAUCAUAAUUCUUAAUACUUUUCAAAAGUGCAAUGCUAAGAUUUUUAUCUUGAACCUUUGAUUACAUAGUUUUACUAUUUUUAGUGUAUAAAUACACAACUUUGCUUCAAUUUGGUAUAAUUUUUCCAACUUGUCUUCUGAUAAAAUUAAUAUGUCCGCUUCUUAUUAUGAACUAGGUUGGAAAAUAUGGACUAAUAAUUGUAAGUAAUUAGCUAUAUAUCCUAAGUAAGUUGUAUUUUAGAAGGAUUUCUUUGCUGGCCAUUCCAGAUUUAGUAGGGUCACCUCACUUGUGAAAAGGUAGGCUACAUUCUGGCAGUAUAAUUUAGUUCAAGAUGCUUGCAAACACCUUGUCAUAAAGUAUCCUGCUUGCAUUGUCAUUGAAGGACCAACCCCUGAUAGUGUACAGUUCAGUGAUAACAUGAGUAGCGACUUCACUCAGAUUAGUUUUAUAAAAAUAAUCACAUGCAUGCUUACUUACUUUUUUGUUGUGAAUGGGUCUGUUUUUAUGGACAUUUAUAAUGCAGUUGUGUGCUCUUGUGUGCUUUGGUUACAUAAACCACAGGUAAUUAACAAAAUACAUCUAUCUGUUUUCAUUAUCCUAGAAGGCUUGUUUCAAUGGUUUUAAAUAAAGCAAUGUUUAAUGUUCAACUGUGUUUUGUAACUGCAGAGUUUGUCAAAAUAAAAAUGUAUUUGUUUGUUUUGGGAUGUUUUUAUGAACUGGAGAAGAAAACAACUUGUAUUCUCUUUGCUGUGUGCUUUUAAAACAUCAGUUUGUUUUAGACCCAUCUGUUGUAAUCAAUAACCUUACCAUCUUGUUUUUUAUUAAAUCCACUUACUCUUAAUUUCAUCCACCAGUGGUUUUAGAGAGAAUAAUGUGGUUACCUAUAUAGGUUUGACAUUAUAAAUCAUUUCUUGAGACUGGAUUGUAGGGCAAUAUUGAUUGAUCCUGAUAUAUCACAGAAAUUUACUGUCACUUCUGUUUUCAAUUAAAGAUACAAUCAGUCAGAUAAUGACUUAAUUUGA